AUGGAUGCUGCUGUUUCGACUGGGUGCAGUGGAUUCGGUGCUGUCGCGAGAGACCAUGAUGGCUUUGUCCUUGGGGGCUGUUAUAAAUUUGUGGUAAAGUCUCUGGACGUGAUUUGGGCGGAGUUGGAAGCUUUAAACGAAGGCUUAAAGUUGGUUGGACGGUUAAAAGUGGCCCAGCUAAUAUUGGAGUCUGAUAGCGCCAUGCUGGUCAACAAGGUCAAAAAGAGGAUGCAGGACGUCACUAUUCUGGGCCAGCGCAUAAAGCAGGAUUGCAAAGCGUUUAACAAGUUUGAUUCAGUCCAAAUUAAUUGGAUUAAACGUAAUAGUAAUAAUGUAGCAGAUUCACUUUGUAACUUAGCCAUUAAAAAUAGAAGUGAUUUGUAUUUCAAUAUGGAUUAUCCGUUGGAUAUCCAUAACAUUAUUAUUCACGAUGCAAUAAAGUGA